AUGACGGAUAGCUCCUGCGCAAGCGAUUAUUUCGUUUCGAACUUGCCAAACGAUGUCACGGAGGAGGAGCUAAAGGAUUUUUUUAAACCAACAUGUGAGGUUACCCACUGCAGACUCAAGAAGACAAAGCUGGGCAUUCAGAGCUGCCACGGGUACAUACGGUUCGAGGGAAAUCUGAACGAUGUAGUGGCGUACGCGAGAAGGGAAAAGCUCAGGGAUAGGCAGUUGCGCAUUGAACUAGUUGAAAAUGGAAACGGCGAUGUGGAGGAAGAUUCAGUGGAGGACGGCACCGAAGGAGGGACGUUUCCCCCGUGGCAGCAGAGCCAGCGAGAUGGUAAGAACCCUGAUAGGGGGUCAAUCAAACAGCAGAGGGACGAUCAAGGGAUGAGUAGAAAUAAAUGGAACUCCAAGAAAGGAAAUGAAAAGGUUGAAAUUAUUAACAAAAAAGGAAUGAUCACAAAACAAGGACAUGCAAUUCUUAAUAACAUGCACAUGUAUGAUGUGGUUCUAUUGAUUCACAAAAUGCAACAGCUAGUUAGACUCUCUCCACAAGCAGCAAUUAAAUUUCUUGGUAGCAAUAAGACGAUUUGUUAUUCUCUGAUCCAUGCUCUCUUCCUUCUGGGUAUUCUAAACACGGAGAUGAGUCCUCUUAACGAGGAGGACAUCACCCGAAUGAAGUUUCAUGCACUUAAGAAUAAGUUUCAGUUCUUUUGUGUGGACAGCGAGGAGGAGGGAGAGAUGGACUCUGCCGGGGGGAAGCUCGAAGAAGGGGGUGCUUCAGAAUGGCGAGAUGCCGAAUGGGAUACGUUUGAACGGCGCGACGGUGAAUGGCGUGGCUCCGAUGUAGGGGAAAUGAGCGACGCGGAGAGCCCGCCAUGGAGCGGCCAAGGUUAUAACUACGAGCAGGGUGGUAAGAGGCCGCUGUACGAGAGGGGAGGAAGGGUGGUCAACACAACGAACAUGGGAAGUACCCCUGCCUCAUCGUUGAAGCAUGUACGGGGCAAGAACCAGCUGAUGGGUAACAGAAAAAAUGCAUCUAGGGGCGUGUAUGGCACAAGUCAGGGUUCCUCUUAUGGGGCCAAUCCUAACAGCUAUGCUUCGUUUAACCAUAUGGAUGUACCUUCAGACGAAGGUCAGAGCGGGUACCACCCAGUAGAAGACAGGGCGUCUGCGUGUGGAGACACCGAGAGGGAGACAGUGAAGGGGAAAGGACAAAUGGGUCGGUCGAAUUUGUAUGGAAUGGUUAGAGGUGCUCAUCACUCGAGGCAGCAAUACCCUUUGCUCAGUCUCUCCAUGAACAACAGACGGGGAGGAGACACCGGCGGGUACCCUGUCCCAGGAAGCUACUCCAGCAAACACACUGUGAAGGGAGGAAAAGUGAAGAACAAAAAUAAGCAAAAGAAUAAACAAAAGAAUAAGCCAAAGAAUAAGCCCAUGAACUUUAAUAGCAUGAUGCCCCCUGGCAACCAAGCGGGGAGUGGAAAUGUGUAUAGCGAUUGGGGGGGAGGAAGCAGACCCCUCGACUAUGACAGUAGCAGCAUGCAGGGAAAUCCUAACGCGUAUGAUUAUGGAGAGGAGUUCCCCAGUGGUAGGCAAACCACAGGGUUGUAUGGAAUGCGUGGUCAUGCUACUACAAAGACGGAACAGGAGGUGCAUUAUUCAAACUAUUACGCGAGUGAUGGUGGUGGAGGUCAGCAUGGGGAAGGGGGGGCAGGCUCAGACAACAGAAGGAAAGACAAUAUACCUAAUUGGGAAGGGAAUGAUGGGAUGAAUCAAAGUGACCGUAGUGAUGUGGGUGGAGUAGAUGUGAGGAAAAAUGAAGGAGUUCAUCGUCGGGGGGAAGAAGUCACUGGAGGACAAUAUACAACCUCGUCACUCUCCUGGAGGGGUGGAUCAAGAAAGGGUCCUUACCAUGUGGACAGCGAGACGGCAAGGAGAGGAGAUCCGCAUAAUGUCAGUGACCACCAAGGAGAAGAAAACACAACGAGAGAAAAACACCUAGAGUUGGGGAAGAGGUUAAUUCAAAAAAUUAAUACAUGCAAUAACCAAAGGAGAGGAAUUAAACUAAUUGAUCGCAUGAACAAGGGAGGUGAAAUGCUAAAUGAAGAAAAUGUUAUUAAAAUGAGGAGUGUCGACAUAUAUAAUGAAGUGGACAGGACACAGGAAAAUGUGUUAAGCAAUAGUUUGAAGGCCCUACUGAAAAAAGUAAAUGUCACUUUGAAGGACAUUCCCUUUGCUGAAGACGAUUUGGUGAAUGAAGUCAUUAAUGAAAAGCCCAUCCUCGAGAACAUCCUCAUUAGUAAAUACCCUGAUAUGCUCAACUGGAACCAGGAGCAGAUUUUACGAGUCCUGUCCAUUCGGAAGUCGCUCAAAAGGCGUGGGUACAGCAUUAACGGGGUCAUAUGA